UAAAUAUACUAUACGUUUACCACUCUCUUAAUGAGGGAAUUUGAAGAUAGGGCAACAUAAAAGCCAUGGCACUGACUGAAACCAUGUCCCAGUCAUCGUCUUCACCAUAUUAUCGAUGGAAACAUGACGUGUUUUUAAAUUUUAGAGGUGCAGACACUCGUAAGAACUUCGUAUCUCAUCUCUAUGCUGCACUCAUCGCACAAAGAAUCAAAGUUUUUAAGGAUGAGAAGACCAUCCGAAUGGGAAGAAACAUUUUUUUAUCUAUUUCCAAAGCCAUAGAGGAAUCGAGAAUUUCUGUCGUCAUUUUAUCCCAAAACUACGGAGAGUCAGUUAACUGCUUAACCGAACUCGAGAAAAUUUUUGAAUGCAGCCGGUCAAUGGGCAGGUACGUUAUUCCGGUGUUCUAUCAUGUUCAACCGGCGGAGGUAAAGCACCAAAGUGGUUGUUUCCGGGAAGGCUUUGCAGUUCAUGGAAAUCAUAUGAAGUUAUCGGUCUGGAGAUAUGCCCUCAUAGAGGCUACAAAUAUUGCCGGAAUCGAAGUACAAGGGAAUGAAUCAGAUUGCAUAACGAAAAUUGUUGAAACUGUUAUGAGAGAAUUGGGUCCAAGAAGGUUCCCUCUCGGCUCAUUGUUAGCAAAAGCACCAGUGUAUUGGUGUGCAUUAAACUUUCUUACGUUCAAGCGCAACACUGGGGCUCGAAAACUUGGUAGUGAAGGAACCUUAUCUACUAGUCAUAGAAAGAAACCUAAUAAAGAAACUACCGAAGUUUAUGAUCCAUUAUACAAAAAUGUUCAUAUCGGAAGCUUGAAUAAAGAAGUUGUUGCCAUAGCAGAAAUUAAUGCGUCAACCAUGAGGGAAUCUGAUUCAAGUUUUUUGGAAGAACUCUUAGUACGUUCAAGAAUGAACCAUGCAAAUGUGGCUAAGCUCUUUGGUUAUUGUAUUAAAGACAAUCGUCGUUUCUUGGUUGAAGAACAUUGGACGCAGGGAACGCUACACCAAAUUUUGCAUGGUGCAGGAAGUUCUGUGAUUAGGUGGAUGCAAAGGGUAACAAUUGCAUAUGACGUGGCAAAGGGAUUAGAGUAUUUGCAUUAUCAAAACCGACUUGCGCACAUUGAUUCCAGCAACGUGCUUUUGUUCAGUAACUUCAAAGCAAAGAUUUCAACUGGAUCAUCAGCAAGUGAAAGUUAUUGGGCUCCAGAAUAUAAUGGAAGAGAGGUCACAAUGAAAGGCAACGUGUAUAGCUUCGGGGUUCUUCUAUUUGAGCUUUUUACUGGAAACAAGCCAUCGAAAGGAAUCGUCAACUCAGUCCUGUCAGCUGGAACAGUAGACAACGUUGGAUCAUUAGUGGACCCAAAGCUUAAUGGAGAAUUUACGUCACGUGAAGCUGAAAAGUUGGCAUUCACAAUUUUAUUGACUACAAUGGAUCAACCGAGUGAUCGGCCAGAUAUGAACACCGUCGUUGGGUACUUUAAGAAAUUAUUAGCAGCAUAGUAAGCCAAUUUAU